AUUAUCUGAAUUUGAAACUUGUCAUCUCUGUAUUCUCUAUUAAACUUUUUUUUAUGUUUCUUUUUGUCCCUGCCAUCUUAAGCUUCAAUGCAAAAACGUGGUAGAUUCACCAAUCUGUGGCGGGCACAGUAGUCUUUUGUUCCAUUCUUCUUCCGAGAGCCGAUUUCCUCUCCAUUGGCGGCCUUAUUUUUUUCACUCAUGUUACGAUUUCUUGUUCAGUUGCUCAAUGUCAUCCAUUUGGGCUACGUUUUGACGAUUUUGGCCCCUGCAUUUGCACACCCUUUCACUGAAGCUGUAGCGUCCACCGCCGAACCUGUUUCUUUAUUAGACUGGGCCAUCGUUCGCCCACACACAGUGCCUCACGAGAAACGCGUGCCUUCCUGGGAAUCUACCCGAGAUGAACCCAUUGCCGCCAUUCAACAUGACGAUCAUCUUCAGUUUACCAUCCACAGCUUUAAUCAGACAGUUGUCUUGCAUCUCUACCCCAAUCUCGAUCUAUUUCAUCCAGAUGCUGUCACUGCCACGGAAGACACAACUGAGCCACUUCGCCACUCAGAUUUUCGCAUCUACCGCGGUUAUGUCACGAAUAGGCAGGAUGAAACGACCCCUAUCUUGACCACGGCCCCAUUGGACAAAUUUCCCUCAGUGUUCAAUUCGGAGUAUCAAAACUCCAUUCUCGGUUGGUCGCGCAUUGUUGUUCGAGACGAUCUCACACACCGUGACAAGCUUUCGUAUCCGAUCUUUGAAGGCACAUUUAGCGUACACAACGAAGUAUUUGAAGUAAUAGCUGUAGACGACGGUAAGAUCGUACAGCGUUCCAAGAAGCUGGAACCGCGCUCCGAUACCGAAAUCCGCAUGAUGAUUUAUCGACACUCCACACCGUUUCUCACGCCGCGCAGUGAACCAUUUUACCCAACAUGCGGGAUCGAUGGACUUCAAUACAAUCAAGAUAUCCUAAACUCUUUCGCUCCGCCCGCCAUUUCGAAUUCGCAGUACGGCAGCCCUUCGCUCGACGCCGACAGGGUCAAAAAUAACGUUGAUUUAUCCAACCUUCGGUCAACCAAUGCUGCUUCUGGAUGCCCUUCGACAAGAAAAGUGCUUUACAUGGGCGCUGCUGCUGAUUGUACAUAUACUGCCGCCUACAAGUCACCGGAGAACGUGCGCCGACAAAUCAUCAAUAACUGGAACAGCGUCUCUGGAUUGUAUGAGCGUACAUUUAACAUUCAGAUUGCGCUUGUCAAUAUCACGGUGAUGUCCCAGUCUUGUCCUGAGGACCCAUUGGCUGGACCGCUGUGGAAUCGCGCCUGUUCCCCGAAUUACUCCAUCAAGGAUCGGCUCAGUGACUUUAGUCUCUGGCGGUCUUAUGUAACAGAAAGAGACGCCGGACUCUGGCACUUGAUGACAAAUUGCCCCAUGGGAUUAGAUAUCGGUAUCGCAUGGUUGAAACAACUGUGUAAUGCGGAUGCUGUCGCUCAAACAGAAGACGAUGGAGUGAUGAGAUAUGUUUCAGGCACAGGCGUCUCAUCAGCUGGUAUUGCCGAGUGGAAAACAGUUGCCCAUGAAAUUGGGCACGGCUUUGGUGCAGUGCAUGAUUGUACGAGCGAUUAUUGUCCAUGUUCGGGAUCAUCUUGCGGUUGUUGUCCGUUGAGUCAAACCAUCUGCGACGCCGAUGGCAUGUAUAUGAUGAAUCCGAAAAAUAAUGUAACGUCCAGUAAUUUCAGCCCAUGUUCGCAACAGAGUAUAUGUCGCAAUAUAGCCGAACAAGGAAGCUGCUUAAAAGAUGUGGAUGACGCUCACCAAAAAAUCCAAUCGUUGGGAAGCUGCGGAAACGGGAUCAAGGAGGAUGGUGAAGAUUGUGACGCGGCUGGCCGAGAUACCCCUUGCUGCGAUCCAUUGACGUGUAAAUUCCGUGAGAAUGCCGUGUGCGAAGAUAUCAAUGAUGCGUGCUGUUCUGCAUGUCGAUUACAGCCGAGUUCUUACGAAUGUCGACCUGCCAUUGGCCCCUGUGAUGUGGCCGAAUAUUGUACGGGUAAUUCAUCGGCGUGCCCGACCGACCGAUAUGUAGAAAACUUGACGGAAUGCGGCCCAGGACUGCAAUGUGCCUCUGGCUAUUGCACAUCACGUCAUGAGCAGUGCAAAGCGCGUGGCUUUUAUAUUGAUCCGGCGCCGGCGUGUCCAGCCACCGACGACGAAUGCCAUCUCACGUGCGCCAAUGCGGCCGGAUCCGGAUGCAUGGUAUUUAACGAUUUCCUGAUCGACGGGUCACCUUGCGGCAAAAAUAAGCAAUGCCAAUCAGGCCAAUGCAAAGUCAGCCACGCUGGAUCAGCGACAUCACAUAUCACGGUUUCCCUGGCAGUCUUUUUAGGCAUGUUCACAGUCUGGAUAGCCCUGUAG